AUGAAUUCAUUCGAAGCUGGCCAGAAUCUUGAACGCUGCUUCAACAAGACCCACAAAGACUUCAUAGCCGCUUUGAAGAGUGUCAUGCACACGCUUCAAGAGGAUGGCUUCAGCAUGGAGAAUUGUUGGGAAAUCUGCGACCAACUCGAUCUUCUCGAUUCCCUACUAGGUGAUAUGGAGGAACUGGGCCCGGAGAUGGUAUUGGAGACUCCACAGCGGACCUACUUCCGCGACAAGCCCCGAUGCUACUUUCUGGGCUAUAGAUUCCCGUUUGAUUGCCUUGCUGUUCAGACUGGCCUGGACGAUGCCCGAGGGAUUUUGGCAGACUGCGUUUAUGAUGACUGUGCCGAGGUUGCUCGUAUGGGGCUAGAAACUCUCCUAGGCAGGUUUCCAUUCUAG